CGGCCCGCCCCCGGGAAGGUUCUGGGCGUGCGCGGUGCAUUGUGGGGCGGGGCCGGGAGCCAGGAGCCGCCGCGAUGAUGCCCACUCCUGUUAUCCUGCUGAAGGAGGGCACGGACACCUCACAGGGCAUCCCACAACUGGUCAGCAACAUCAACGCGUGCCAGGUGAUCGCCGAGGCCGUGCGCACCACGCUGGGUCCCCGUGGCAUGGACAAACUCAUCGUGGAUGAUCGGGGCAAAGCCACCAUAUCCAACGAUGGAGCCACCAUCCUGAAGCUGCUGGAUGUCGUCCAUCCUGCUGCRAAGACCUUGGUGGACAUUGCCAAAUCGCAGGAUGCAGAGGUUGAAACUUCAGUGACGUUGAAGCAGAGAACAAAAGAUAAAAUACAAAGAGAGAGGCUGGAGAUCUCAUCAGCUUGGGAGCAUGAAUCAUUAAUCCAGCUGUUGCCUUUUUGCCAGGCUGUGAACAAGAUCAAAGACAUCGCUGUCUCUGUGAAGAAGGAGGAUAAAGAUGAGCAGAGGAGUCUCCUGGAGAAGUGUGCAGCCACAGCCCUGAGCUCCAARCUCAUCUCCCAGAGCAAGGAGUUUUUCUCCAAGAUGGUUGUAGACGCUGUGAUGAUGUUGGAUGAUUUGUUACAGCUCAAGAUGAUCGGGAUAAAGAAGGUGCAAGGAGGAGCUUUGGAAGACUCCCAGCUGGUGGCUGGAGUUGCCUUCAAGAAAACCUUCUCGUACGCUGGCUUUGAGAUGCAGCCCAAGAAGUACCAGUCCCCCAAAAUCGCCCUGCUCAACGUGGAGCUGGAGCUCAAAGCUGAGAAGGACAAUGCCGAGGUCAGAGUCAACACGGUGGAGGAUUACCAGGCCAUYGUGGAUGCUGAGUGGAACAUCCUGUAUGACAAACUCGACAAAAUCCACAAAUCAGGGGCCAAAGUGGUCCUGUCCAAGCUUCCCAUCGGUGAUGUGGCCACCCAGUACUUCGCAGACAGGGACAUGUUCUGUGCCGGCCGUGUCCCCGAGGAGGAUCUCAAGAGGACCAUGAUGGCCUGUGGAGGAUCCAUCCAGACCAGUGUCAAUGCCCUGUCAGACGAUGUGCUGGGUCGCUGUGAGCUCUUYGAGGAGACCCAGAUUGGGGGAGAGAGGUACAACUUCUUCACGGGCUGUCCCAAGGCCAARACCUGCACCAUCAUCCUGCGUGGGGGUGCUGAGCAGUUCAUGGAGGAGACAGAACGCUCCCUGCACGAUGCCAUCAUGAUUGUCAGGAGAGCCAUCAAGAAUGACUCAGUGGUGGCCGGUGGUGGUGCCAUCGAGAUGGAGCUGUCCAAAUACCUGCGGGACUAUUCCCGGACCAUCCCAGGGAAGCAGCAGCUGCUGAUUGGAGCCUACGCCAAAGCCCUGGAGAUCAUCCCCCGGCAGCUCUGUGACAACGCUGGCUUUGAUGCCACCAACAUCCUCAACAAGCUGCGAGCCAAGCACGCCCAGGUGGGCUCGGCACAGGUUGCUAUAAAUGGAAAGGAUCUNNNNGACAAUUUCUCAGCGUGUGUCUGGGAGCCGGCAGUGGUGCGGAUCAAYGCCCUGACAGCGGCCUCGGAGGCGGCGUGUCUGAUCGUGUCCGUGGAUGAAACCAUCCGCAACCCCCGCUCCAGCGUGGACCCUGCUCCCGGGGGCCGUGGGCGUGCCAGGGCCCGGCCCCACAACCACUGAGCUGCGGAUGUUCGUUAAUUCCUGCGGUAAUUAGCGCUGCUGGAGGCACCGGGCUCACACAGCCACGGCUGGGCUUUGUUGGGGCAGCUCCUGCUCCAGGGCUGCUCUUGGUGUUCCAGCACAGGGACAGCCUUGGGGCCUAUUUAUACUGCUUUGUUCUUGUUCUGCUGGGCUUGGAACCCAGACUUCACCACAAUAAAAUGAGUUUGUCUCAGUGGCAAACCCAGCUUUCCUGUG